CUGCUUGAGGCUAUUUUCAACUUUCAUAGGUUUACCUUCAAAAAUAAUUUUCUACACAUGAUGACGAACAGGAUGCAUUGAUAACAUUAGCAAUGUAUGAAAGUGCAAGAGAGGAUGGUGUUCCAUUUUCAUUUGAAUCCAUGGAAAAGCAUGGAAACAGCCCUGAAACAGCUGAAUCAGAUGAUUUAGACAGAACCACUCACAAACGUAAACUUGAUGACUUUCCCCCUGCCCCUGCCCCAUCUUGUAUGCUUAUGAAAGAUGGAUUUGUUCACCCAACUACACCCGAUAUUCCGAAGACAUCAAUGCAGUACAGUCUUCCUUCUUUUCAAAUUGGCAUAGGAGAUUUGGACUUCGGCUCAGCUAAAGCAAUUCGUGAAGAAGGCAAAGAGAAUGACAACUGCCAAGAUGUAGAUGACGGCGAGAGUCCACAUGAUCGAAACUUCAACACAUCCAAUAAGAAUCAAAAUAAAAGUUCAGACCACAGCAUUCAGCUCUGUGACUUUGCUACCAUUGGAAAAUCUGGACAGACUGUUUAUUUGGCAGAGCAAAAUAUCAAACAUGGGAACUAUGUCAAUGACAACAGUACUGCACAAUCUGAUUAUGUUCAUCUUCAAGGAUAUUCAAAAGACCAGAGUGCAAAAACUUCUGAAUGUUCAGCCCAUAAAGACUUUACAUUUUCAAAAGAAGAUGAAAGUGAAAAACGUAGUACUUCAGAACCAGAAGACAAAGGAAGAAAACAGCAUAGUGAACCAGGGCCAUUGACAACUAUGGAAGACCUAUUUAAAGAAUUAUCUCAAGAAGCUAAAAUGGUUACCAUGCAGUUUUCAUCAGAUUUUGUUCAAAGUGAAAAUUAUGAAACGUUUUGCAUGACACGCUUGGAUCAGCUGAUUUCCCAUGCUCAGGACCUGGAGCAAGCCUAUAUCAAACAAAAGGAAGUACUUAGACAGAGACUCAGAGUUAUAUCUCACACUCUUCAGAAUAUGUAGGCAUAUUCACAAACAGAAAUUUACACUUUGGAUUUUCAAGUAAAUUAUUUAUUGUUAGCAGUGUACAUGUAGUAUGAAUAUCCCAUUCAGUUAAAAUAAUUAUUAAUAUAAUAUAAAAAGUUCAAAAAAUAAAAUAAAAAUUGACGUUUCAUCUGUAUAUUAAGACUUCAAGAGUAUGAUGGAAGAGUAUGAUGUUCACUAAAGAAAUAUUGUACAUGCACAACAGUUACUAACUAAAUUUAGCAUGGUAUUUCAUUUAUGAUUAUAUAAUAGGAUUGGCACAGACCUUUUAAGAGUUAUCGAAUUUCAGCUUAGGGCUUGAAUUUGACAAAUACUGAUUUUAUGCUUUAAAAGUUUUCGAGUUUGCAAAAAUUUCCUUGAAUUAAAAAAAAAGAUACUGGGUGCACUUUUUGUUGAGUUUUUAUAAAUUUGGAAACUAUAACCAUGUGACAGUUUUUGAAAACAUUGGAAUAUGUGCAUUCACAUUAAUUAAUGGACAUGUGGGUUCACUUCUUGUUGGGUCUUAGGAAAAAAAAAAAAAAUUAAACAUUCUAUGUUCCCUUAUAAUCGUUGAACAUUUGAUAUAUUUGUACCCCAAUAGAUUUUAAAAAAGGAUAAAUUUUAAAAUUGAUAUUCCCCAGUAAUUAAAGUUGGAAUAUUUUACAUUUGUCCUGUACAACAACUAGCUCAAAAAACAAAUACAGCUAUCACUAUUCCCUAAUAGCUGAAAACUUAAAAUAUUAAAUCAUAUCUUUCCUUAAUGACUGAAAAUUUAAAACAGUUUGACUUGAAUACAUAUAUGAAUCAUGAGCUAAAAAUUAUUUUAUUUCUCAUUUAUAUUUCCUUAUAAAAAAAUGUAAAAAAUUCUUUUACAUUUGCUUGGUCCAGUAGUUGAAGCAUAGAAUGUGUUACCUAGCAUGUGCUCUAAAAAUAAAUGUUAGUCUUAUAUUCAUAAUGUAGUUAAAAACAUGUCGGCUUUGAAAACCCAACCUCAAAACAUGUCACGUCUUUGUGCCCCAAUAGCUAUUCUUUGUUUACUUCAGUUGUAAUAAAAAUAUGGAUUUGAGAUUACUAGUAUCUAAAGUGCUCCUUUAUUAAUAUAAAAAAAUUUCCGGUUGCUUUUUUGUUUAUAUUUUACAUUGUUAAAAACAUAUUUUGCAUUAAAGACAUUAAAAAUAAAAA